GAGCCGGAGGCGGAAAGGGGAAGGAUGGCAUCCGAAGAGUAUGGUGAACCUGCAAAACAUGACCCUAGUUUUAAGGGUCCCAUUAAGAAACGGGGCUGCACUGAUAUAAUCUGCUGCGUUCUCUUCAUGGUCUUUUUACUUGGCUACAUGGUAGUAGGAAUACUAGCUUGGUUAUACGGUGACCCUCGCCAGGUGAUAUACCCACGCAAUUCUACAGGAAUGUACUGUGGAAUUGGGGAAAAUCAGGGGAAGCCCAAUGUUCUGUAUUAUGACCUGCUGAAGUGUGUCACUGGCACAAACAUCCUGGCUGCAGCAAUGAAUGGCUUGCAAUGUCCCACCACUCAGGUCUGUGUCGCGACUUGUCCUAUGGAUUUUAAAUGGGCAUUGCCUAAUGGCUCCCCAGCCAGUGUCUAUAUACAGGAAUACUGUCAGCCGAGUAUUAAUCUGACCACCACACCUUUGACUGUGGCACAAAUUGCUGCUAAGGAGCUGUGUCCUGUGUUCCUUGUUCCUUCAACUUCCUUCUUUAACAGGUGUUUCCCAGGUUCUAAUCUCACCUUUCCUUCUGAUUUCACCAUUAAUGGCUUAACUGCGAACCAGUCAAGAGCUAAUAUCAGUGAAGCUGCUAGUCAAAUUUUAGAUUCCUUCAAUUUCCAGAAUGUUGGCAAAAAAAUAUUUGAAGAUUUUGCCAAAUCUUGGCCGUGGAUUAUCACAGCACUGGUUAUUGCAAUGGUGGUCAGCCUUCUCUUCCUGAUCUUGCUGCGUUUCACAGCUGGAAUCCUGGUCUGGGUGCUUAUCGUCGGUGUCAUCGGGGUUAUUGGAUAUGGGAUAUACCAUUGCUACAUGGAGUAUGAUACCCUAAACAAGCAAGGGGUAUCAGUGUCAGAUGUAGGUUUCACCUUUAACCUUGGCGUUUACUUCAGAGUGAAAGAAACAUGGCUGGCUAUCUUAAUUGUCCUGGCUGUGGUUGAAGCAAUCCUUCUGUUAGUCUUGCUUUUCUUACGGAAAAGGAUCCUCAUAGCCAUCGCACUGAUUAAGGAAGCCAGCAAAGCGAUUGGGCACAUAAUGUCCUCUCUCUUCUACCCUCUUGUCACAUUUGUGCUCCUGGUUGUCUGUGUAGCAUACUGGGGAAUGACCGCACUAUACCUCGCUACUUCUGGGGCUCCAAUAUAUAGAAUCUCAACAGUAAACACAAGCGUCCCAGGAUGUGAAAAUAUCACAGGAAAUGAAACUUGUAAUCCAAUGACAUUUAAACCCUCCAGUUCUUGCAAUGAAGCUCGCUGUAUUUUCUACAGAUAUAAUAAUGAGGGGCUCUUCCAAACCAAUCUCUUCAACCUGCAGAUUUAUAAUGUAAUUGGUUUCCUGUGGUGUAUUAAUUUUGUCAUUGCAUUGGGACAGUGUGUCCUGGCUGGGGCCUUUGCAUCUUAUUAUUGGGCUUUCCACAAACCCAAAGACAUCCCAUUCUUCCCAGUGGCUGAAUCAUUCAUGCGUACCCUGCGAUAUCAUACUGGCUCUUUGGCGUUUGGAUCUCUCAUCCUUACCAUUGUUCAACUAAUCCGAAUAAUAUUGGAAUAUGUGGACCAUAAACUAAAAGGAGCCCAGAAUCCUUGUACACGUUUCCUACUCUGCUGUCUAAAAUGCUGCUUCUGGUGCUUGGAAAAAUUCAUCAAAUUCCUAAAUCGCAAUGCAUAUAUUAUGAUUGCUGUUUAUGGGAAAAAUUUCUGCGUUUCUGCUAAAAAUGCUUUCAAGCUUCUAAUGCGAAACAUUGUAAGGGUAGUUGUCCUGGAUAAAGUCACUGAUUUGCUCAUAUUCUUUGGGAAACUUAUCGUUGUUGGAGGAGUAGGUGUUCUGGCAUUCUUCUUUUUCUCUGGCCGGAUUCCAAUUCCAAAUGAUUCAUUUAAGUCCCCAACGUUGAACUAUUACUGGAUUCCUAUUAUUACAGUAGUUCUUGGGUCAUACAUGAUUGCUCAUGGUUUCUUUAGUGUAUACAACAUGUGUGUGGAUACCCUGUUCCUGUGUUUCUUGGAGGAUUUAGAACGCAAUGAUGGGUCGCAGGAGAAGCCAUAUUACAUGUCAAAAUCCCUCAUGUCUAUUUUAAAUAAGAAAAACCGCCCGCCCAAGUCCGAGGAGAAGAAAAAGAAAAAGUGACAUUGUUACCUCCGCUAUCAUUUCAUCUUGAUCAUUUCCGUUUUUAACUGAGUAACGUCCUGAGAGGACUGCAUUUCCAGGAUGUCUGUUUACUGUCUGCAUAUAGAUUUGAUUGCCAGUUGAACAGUUGGGUUCCAAUUCCUGUACAAUUCCUCCCAAUUGUAAAACAAAAAACCUCACAUGGAGCAAGAGAGAUGAAUACACUCUAGUUUUUAUGACCUCAUUUCCUGUGAGAAAUGAAAUUAUAAAUUCCACUUACUGUAUACUAGAUGGUGGAAUCUUAUCCACUUCCAGUAGAGGAUUUAAAGAGGAUAAUAAUUUAUUACAGAAUCCCUUUUAAAAAUCAGCAAUUGUUUGUACUGAAUUUUCUAAUGGUGCUGUUUCAGGUCUCCACAUGGCAGCAAAUUUGUGCCUUUGACAGAGUUUUAAGGAACAUCUGUUUAUGACUGUUUUCUAUCAGCUUUAAAAAAAACUGUUAAAUGCUUCCUUCAGUUUGCCCAGUUAUCACUUUAUUCUUUUCCUUUAUGACUUUUCUCUCCAGGAACCUUUUAACCAAUUACUUGCCACAGCACUGGCUAUCGAAGGGCCUGACUCAUGUUCAUACAUAUUCAGCCUUUGUAGCUCACCUUAAACAACUGUCAGCGGAUUUCACCCUUCUUUAUCUUCUGAAGGAAUUUGUGAUACUGACAUAAUGGAGCGACGUCUGUCAGCUAGAAAUGGCAUCAUGAAACAUAGCCAAAUAUGAGGAGUUUAUUAGAGCCAUAACUGUGAUUAAUUGCACUUUAAUGUGUAGAUAUUGUGUACAUUUUUAUAUAGAUAUCUGCUGAUAUUUUUAUCUGCUAAUAUUCACUUUCGUACUUUAAAUAAUAAAUCAGCACGAAUACUUAAUUACAAUUCUUAUUAAAGUGUAUAUACUGUAUAUUUAUGUGCCUAGAUAUACAGCUGAAAUAAACCAUCAUCCUUUGAGA